AAUAAAAAAAAGGAAAAAGCAAACUUGGAAGGAGAGAGAGAGAGAGAGAGAGCGCUCGGCUGUGGUAUUGUGCUCGUCUGCUCUCUUCUUCUCCUUCGCCACUGCUCUUCUCUGCACACCUCCCUGUCCACAAAUUCCCCCAAAAUUCAAAAUUCCCUACUUCCAAAAGAAGACAAAAUUCCCCCUCUUUCUUUCCUCCUCCUCCUUUUUCUUUUUCUCUCUUGAUCGGCGAAUUCUGAGCCUGUCUCGCCGUCGCUUCGCUGCGUUGCUCUGUAAACUUUGUGACUUUUGAUGAGCGCUUGAGGGAUAGUAGUACAAUACUUUUGAAGCAUAAUUCAGCAUUUCUUCCUAACAUGUCUGAUCAGGUUGUGAAAUCAGAUAAUGGUAAGGACGAAGUUCCGGAUAAGUGUAUGCAGCCCUGCCAAUCUGUUUGGAUGUCUCACUGGACACGUACAAGUUACAGGUCAGUGAAUGACGUUCAUAAUCGAUUAUCGCUUCGUUCUGAAUCUGGGGAAGACGUUCACAGACCUAAGCAUCAUCCUUCACUUGGUGGGCCAGAGAUAGAAAGAGACAGCUCUAAGUUUGUGAAAGAAUUUAGAGAAAUGCAUAAGGCCUUUAUGAAUGAAAGCACAGCAACAAGUUUGAAAAAAUUGAAGCAUGAAACAUGCAAAGGCCAGCAUUUUCCAAUGUUCAAAUAUUCUCAAAAUAGAGCAGGUAUUUUAUCUCUGAAGAAUGUCGAGUCCUCAAGCCAUCAUGAAGUAGCCUUAAGGUCACAAAUCGGCCCUACUUCUGGAUUUGAUUUUCCUCUAGGUGGAACUGACAACCAUCUACCCUCAAUGCUUGAGUGGACUCCUUCCAAAACAGAAACUCAAUCAAAAGAAUAUCAUUUUGAUCCUGAGGGCAUCACAUCAAAUCCAGAGCAGCAGGUCAAGUCCAAUAUAUUGCUUGAAAAGAAUGUAAUAGCUUUUUCAGCACCUCUUAAGGAUGAAUUUUUGGGGUCAACUUCUAGAGUUGUGACAUCUGAAUUUAACAGUGGAAGGACUCCAACUGAGUCCUUUUUCCAUAGGCAAGAAUACAUUGAUCAACCAAAUAGUACCUUUUUUAUUGAUCAGAAGAAAAUGAAUAGCAAUGCAGCUCUAUUAAUACAUAAUCCCUCAACAAGUGAUAAUCACCCAAGAGACUUUGUUGGUGAACAUUUCCAGAAGAUGCCAAAUCAUUCUGAUAGUAAAUUGUUUCCUAUCCAGGACAGGCCUCCAGAGGCAAGAUUAUGUUCUGGAUCUUAUGAACCGCCAGGAAUUCCCCCUUCUGUUCAUGAUGCGAGGACUAUGAGAAUAUGUACCAAUAUAGACUCUGUAAAAGAGAUUUUUGGAGGUCCUCCAAAGUUUUCUCAAACUACUCACCACUUCUUGUUCACCAAAAAGACUGAUGUAAACUUAUCUGGUGGAGGUCAAAUAUUUAGAGAGUCCACAAUAUCCACCAAAAUUGAAGGAAAACCAAUGAGUGAACUCCUCAGCCUAUCUCCUGAUUUUGGUUUGAACAUUAAGCAAGGAGUGAAGCUACAAACUCUGGACAGCUUCACAGAUAGUGAUGGAAAAGAGAAUAUUGAAAAUGACCAUACUUUUGGGGUUGAUUUAAAGAAUGAAUCAUCAGCUGAAACUGACACCAUGGACAUGGACACUCUCCAGGAGAACCAUCUCUUUGGUGUGGAUUCAUCCCUCUCAAAUAAGGACAUUGAGGGGCCCCAAAAGUCACCAACAUCUCAUGCUGCAAUAGCUUCAGACAGAGAAGAGAGUAGAAGCAGACUGCCUAACGUAGAGUUACCUGAUAUUAACCAGGAAAUUCCUGUAAUCUCAGGUGUGGCAAAUUCAGCAGAUGAUGCAGAGAGAAGCACCUCGAGAACCCAGAGUUUAGAUGUGGAACACUUCCUUUCCCAUGCUGAACAUCCCACAAAUGCAAAAUCUAACGCUUGUGCGGAGGGUCCAUCAGGAUUGGAUCCGUGUACCCGAUGGGUUAAACGUCUCAAACCAAGUGCUUCAGAGUCUUUUGCUUAUGGCACUAAGAGCUCAAAAAUGGGGGAAGCCACUUCCCAUGAAAAAGUUAACAGGUUCUUCGGCAAAAUACCUAGCUCUUGCAAAACUAGUUCAGAACCAAAGAUGGACAAGUCUUAUUGUAAAGAACGGAUGGUGACGGAUCAGACUGCAGAAUUACUGAGGAAUGCUGAAUCCUCGUCCACCGACUCAGUGAGGAAAAAUCAAGACAUAACACUUUCGCAUGCUUGGAUCCAAAGGUGGUGUCAUAAACCAGCCUCUUCUUCCAAAAAGAAGCCUGAAGCAGUGGUGAUUUGUGAACCUCAGAGUUCAAAGGCAGCAGUACACAACUUCCAGAAGGGGCAGUUUCCAAGCAUUGCUGCUAUAGCCUUGAUGGCCAAGACCAUAACUGCUUUUUGUCCUUGUGAAUUCAGUAAAAUGGGGUCUUAUGUAGUUUGGAAUACCAAGGGGUUGAGAUAAGUUGUUGUGAGCAAUUAAUGCCGGGAAUGAGGAGUUAACCAAGCAGUCUUCAGGAUGGCAUUGGUUCUCUCAAUGCUUGAUACUAUUUCAACAAGAGGACGGACUCUUUGGCAAUCAAUCAACUAUGAAAUCAGUGGAGAGGAUGUCAAAAGUGUGUAUAACCUGAAUGUUAGUCUGGUAUGUACCCUGCCUGAAUUUGUUUCCCUUUUUGUCCCUUUUUCUUUCUUUGCCCCUUCCUAAUGACAGAAUAGUAUUGUGAAUGGGUCGUUUAAUAAAGAUUUGGCUGAGGCCUUCUUUCUUGGAGGUUGAAGGGGCAAUCUCAGCCUCUAUCACUUGAUAUUGUAAAUUUGACAGAACUUGGCCAUGUAGUAAAUGUGCACCCUGUGAUCCUCUCAA